CUGUCGACUAUCGAUAGUGUCAUCGAUGGGGUGUGCAGCCCUAGGAGGAACAGGAAAACGGGCAGCAAAAAUAUUCGUUUCGUUGUAAAAAUUGUGUUUGAUUGCAUUUAACGAUGGUUUCGCGUUUCGAUCAGCAAAAGACCAAGCACCAGCUCUUCCAUGUGUCCCUCAGCCUGGCGACGAUAUUGAUAUGCAUGACAUAUAUGCAGUACCGCCGGAACUGGGCCUAUCUGGGCAACUUCUGGGACUCACUGGUGGUGCCAAUUGUCUUCAUCGGCGAGCUGCUGAAAGUCGUGCUGGCCCGUUUCUAUGGCCGCAUUGAGGACGGGGUUCUGACGGUCAAGCAGCGGCAGAAGAAGGCGGCAUAUUUCACGGCACGGGAGCUCGCGGGUGGAUUCACGCUGCAGUUUCUGUGCACGCUGCUGUAUGCGUUCAUCUGCAUCAUUUUGGGAGCACCGGUGCUGGGCAACUACGAGGAGACCUUUGUCCUUUCGCUGCUGAUGACGCUGCUGACGGUGUCGCCCACGGUGUUCCUCUUGGGAGGCGGCGGUGCCCUGCAAGUGUGCUUCUGCGAGAAACCGGACUUUGUGACCAAAUGCGAGGACACGGCACUGAAUCUGUUCAAGUACAAUGCGCUGGGCGGCAUCCUGGGGGCCUGGGCUGGCAGUGUGGUGGCCCCCCUGGACUGGGGACGGGACUGGCAGGUAUAUCCCAUACCAAACAUCAUCGGAGCUCUGCUGGGCAGCGCCAUGGGCAAUAUAUACGCCUGUACGCAUGUCCUCUAUGCCACGGCCCGUGUGUAUAUGACCAAGAAACGUGCUUAAAAAUAAUAACAAUAAAUGCUAUUAAUCCUGCCACCAGAUUAUUACGUUGCGCUGCCGCCAACCCCACAUCCACACACGCACACACACACCACACUCCGAUCUGGUUCAGAUCCACGUCAUCAUCUCUCUCUAGUCAGCAGCUUAAGAACUACCAAAAAGCAAUUAACAUACUUUAAUGUUACAUGUUUAAGCAUUUUAUUAGAGUGUAAUAAUAUGAAUGAAUUCUUUUUUAAAUCAA